GCUCCCGUACGCAUACAAGUUCAAUCUCAUACCGAAACUAUUGUGGAAUUUCUACGUUCCGAACUGUUGGCCGAUGAUACCGAACAAUUUAUUGAGAAGAUCAUGGAAGAAUAUCUCUCAUAUCGUGAUCAUUUCGAAAUCUAUAUACAAACUAUGAUCUCACAGGUUUUAGAUCCUAGUUUCUUUUCGGAAAUCACCCGGGAGAAAGCCUUUUCAGAUGAAUACUUCCUGGGCAGCGUGCGUGCGAUCGACACCAUCAUGGAUAAUUGUAAACGUAAGCUGCUGUCGAUAACACCCUGGACACGCAGCAUUAUCGCUUCGAUAGAAACCUGGCCCAAGUGUCAUGUCUUCACCGAAUGGGGCCAGAAUAAUUUGACACAAAAGAAUUGUGCCGGCUGCCAUCAGCCGGGCAUAUCGGUGCGUUUCCUAUUGUUUGGACACACCUACAAUUCGAAUACUAUGCAAUCAGUACCCACAGAUGCACGUAUAACUUAUGAAAAGGACAUUUUACUUUGUCGCAUUUGUGCUGCUCGUGCUGAUAUAUUCCAUAAAAUUGCUCAUGAGAAAUAUAAUCUAUAUAUCAAUUGUUCUCGCCGCGUUACCGAGCUGCAGCAAGAGAAUCCCAGCAAAACAUCAACAGAAAUUCUUAAUGAUUUACUGGCCGAACAUAAUUGGAUAGAUGAGCUUUUCCGCAAUAUGCGCAAUUCCUGGGCCGAAGUUGAAAGUCUUGAAAGGCAAAAACGCUUUAGAGAGGUAUCACAAUAAGUUGGAUAAUAAUUUAAAAACAAACAAACAAACAAAAUGAAAAGUAUAUGAACUUUAAAACAAUUGUGACUUUCUAUAAUUAAACACAUACAUACUCACAAUGGUCGUGUGUGGAUUAUGCUACAUAUUCCUUGCAAUAUACAAAUUGAAAAUAAAUAGUAAUAAAAACAAAAAUAAUAAUUAAAACUCGAGAAGAAGAAUUCUAAAACGGGAGAUGAUGAAGAAAGAAAUAAACUAUUCAAAGAUAAGUUUUAUUUAAAUAAUAAUAACAAUAAUAAUUAUGAUAUAGAAAACAAAAACUUUAACUACAUAUGUAUAAAUAACAAUAUAUAUAUAUAUAUAUAUACAUACAAACAUCUAUAUAAAUAUAUAUUAACGAAAAUAUAUUUUAAAACACCAGCAAUUUAAUUUUGCUAAAUUUAAAUUGAAAAAAAAAAACAAGUUAAGAUGAAAAAUAUAAUUACACUUAAAACUCUAAAUUAACACUUAAAUUUACUAUUAAAAAGAAAAACAAACAAAUGAAAAAUUAAAACUAAUAAUAAUUAUAACUAUAAUUACAUAUAAUAAUUUAGUAUGCAAAAAUUUAAAAUUUUUGUUUUGUCUAAAAAAAAAAAUUAAAAAAAAAUCAUUUAAUACUUAAUGUGUAGUCUACAAAUAUGCAUACAUUUAAUUAAUUAAUUACAUACAUACUUUUGAAUUUAUAUACACAAACACACAUGAAAAUUGAACAGAAAAAUAAAACAAUUUUUUUUUAUUGUUUAUUUUUAUUAGAAAUACAAAUACAUUUAUUACAUUAUUACGUUUUAUUUUAUUAUUUUUUUUAAAUUGAUUUUCAUAAUCUUUUUUAUUUUUUUUCUUUAGUUGUAUAAAGUUAGGUUUUUCUAAAAUAAAUAAUAAUAUUAUUAUUAAUAAAUAAGAAACUACACACAUAACUACAUGAUUUUUGUAAAAAAAAAAUUAAAAAAAAAAAAUAAUAAAAAUACAAUACGUACACAUUUCAAAAUACUUUAUAAAAUAAUUAAUUUACUUAGAAAUACCACAGACAACAUGGACAUGAAAAACAUUUAUAAAUAUAUACAUACAAUCGAUAAGAGAUAUGGGUCAUUCCAGGGCAAACUAAAAAGUUCAAGAAACUUCUUUAAAUUUUCAAAAUUUUUUUAGAGAUUUUUUUUUUUUUUUGAGUUUGAUUUUUUGCAAAGUAAUGGGAAAAAAGGUAAAUAAAUGUUUGAAAUAAUCACCCAUAUUAUGUAUGUCGUUGUCGAUGUCUACAUCACUUCCUAGUCGUUGUCACUUUCAGUCGACAUCGCCCUGUUAUGAAUGCAUUUCGAGACAGCUGUUGAAUUUUAUUUAUUAUUCGUUUAAAAAAUUCCUUUUUAUAUUGAAUUCCAGUGAAACAAACAAAUCAUUAGGCUUCUAAGCAAAGAAUUGGAAUAUUUUGAACACCGACUUUACUUAGUGAAGAUUUCAUGUACACACCGCAUUCGCCGCGCAAGAAUUUUCUACACUUGGUAAUUCGAACAUCGGCUUCCCGUUAUAACGUUUUCUUUUUUGGCAUAAAUGAUGUCUUUAUUGUGCCUUUUACCCUUCUUUGUGUUCUUUUCUGAAAAAAAUGCAGUUUGGAUGACGUGUUGUUUUCAAAUAAUGUUGCCCUAAAACCCCGAAAAUAUGCUACAUGUUUCACCCUCAAUUUCAUCAUAAGGUUAGAAAGGCUCCACUUUUGAAACAGGUUUUCUUGUUAUUAUACACUUAACCAUGAGUGGCAAGGGUAUAUAUAAGUUUAUAAUUUUUUCAUUUGCGACCCUACAAAGUAUAUAUAUUGUGGAUCGUUAUAGAUAACAGAGUCGAUUUAGCCAUGUCAGUCUGUAUGUGGAAAUCAACUUUCCAUAGCCUCCAAAUAAAUUAUAUACAUGAUUCAUACAUCAAUAUAUAGAUUCGGUUCGGUUGCUAUUUAAAAUCGAGAAAAUCGGCUUACAAAUCGAUGAGAUAAAAUGCAAAAAAGCAGGACAACCUCGAUUUCUGACCUAUUAUUUUAUAUAUAUCUGGAUUACUAAAUUAUUAAUAUAGACAAUAUGGAUAUCUAAUGAUAGAUAUUUCAAAGACCUUUACAGCGUCAUAGUAAGUCGGGUCAAAAUUGGAAAAAAUAGUUUAUAACCAAAAUUUUUUCACCAAAACAUUUUAAUUUUUUGUGGAACAAAUUUUGAGAAAAUUGUGAUAGAUAUUUCAAAGACCUUUACAGCGUCAUAGUAAGUCGGACCUACAACGGCUCAAAAUCGGGAAAAAUAUUUCAUAACCAAAAUUUUUUCACCAAAAAAAAUUGUAUUCAAAAAAUUUUUUAUUUUUUUGAGGAAAAAAUUUUAAGAAAAUUGUGAAAACUUUUUUUAAAAAAAAUUUUUAUACAAAAAAAUUUUUUUUUUUGAAAAUAUUUAAGAUAAUUGUUUUGUUUAAAAAAUUCACAAUUUUUUCAAAAUUUUUUCCACAAAAAAUUAAAAUAAAAUGCAAAAAACCAGGACAAUCUCGAUAUUUGACCUAUUAUUUUAUCUAUAUCUGGAUUACUAAAUUAUUAAUAUCGACAAUAUGGAUAUCUAAUGAUAGAUAUUUCAAAGACCUUUACAAUGCCAUAGUAAGUCCGGUCAAAAUCGGGAAAAAUAGUUUAUAACCAACAUUUUUUCACCAAAAAAAUUUUAAUUUUUUGUGGAACAAAUUUUGAGAAAAUUGUGAUAGAUAUUUCAAAGACCUUUACAGCGUCAUAGUAAGUCGGACCUACAACGGCUCAAAAUCGGGAAAAAUAUUUCAUAACCAAAAUUUUUUCACCAAAAAAUUUUUUUUAUUUUUUUGUGGAAAAAAUUUUAAAGUUUUCUCAAAAUUUGUUUUCAAAUUGCUUCCCAUUGUUUUCACUUCUCUAAUCACAACUAUUUAAAAUUAUUUAUUAAAAAUAAAUAUCGUGUCGUCAAAAAAGACUCGUUUUAAGUCAAAGUCGACUUUAACGCGUCUUAGGAAAUUGCUGUCACCAAACAUUACCGAUAGCGUGACUUUGUGUUGACAACGACAUACUACAUAAUAGGGGUGAAUAAUAAUCAAAUCAUUAAAAUUUUUAAAUUUGUAAGAAUUUGUACAAUUUGUGUCUUAGUUUCAAUAUUUUCAAAAUAAUAUUAUUUUUAACAUUUAAUUUCUUGUUACCAAACUAAAAACAUAUCCCCAUGUCAUCUAUCAAAGCAAAUUUUUAUGGCUUCUAUUUCUUGUUUGAAUUCAAUUUAAAUAACAUCCCUCACAUAUCCUUUAACACUCGUUUAGCCUAAAAGCUUUUAUGAUUUUAUCUUCUAUCUAUAAACCCCUAUCCGGCUAAAGUCUAAAUCUUAUUUAAACAAAUUUAUUUUUUUUAUCCUUUUUUUUGUUACGCUUUGGAAUGACUUUGUACAUAAUACACAGUGUAGGUCAGCUAAUUAGCUUAGGCUUUUUUAAACAUUAUUUCAAUUAUGUAUUUUGUUUCUUUCUAAAUAAGAAUUAUGUUUAUUUGUUCUAUUAAAAUGUAUUGAUUACACUUACCUACAACAUAAACAGAAAAAUUUUCCUUGAUUAAAAAAAAAACACAACAAAUUAUAAUUUUUAUAACUUAAAAAAUAUGAAACCACCACCAUUAGCACAUCAAGUAAAUUUUGUAAAUUAUUUGCAAUAAAAUAAAAUAAAUUUUUAUCGAAAUAGCAAA